UAUGAUGUCAUAGACUGAGCAAAGCUUGUGAUAUGCAAUUUUCAGAGGCCGUAACGGCCGUGACAUGCACAUGACUUGAUGAAGAGCAGUCAUACGCUUUUCUUUGCAGCCCUCAGUUGUCUGGUUAUAGGCACUUUUCAAAAAGAUUACGAGUAUGACGUUCUAAGGACAAGUAAUGCCAAGUUGACAGCCUCGUCGUCCCUAGGGCCCGAUGCAGACUUGUCCGCAGGUAACAGCUGGUGUCCUGGACUAGAAAGCGCUCAACGCUGGAUCAAGGCUGACUUGGGCGAGAGAUAUGUACUCAACGCAAUGGAACUUACCACCACAGAGCCCGACCUCGUGUUUAGCUUCUCAUGGAGUGACACAGGCGAAUACGGCAAGUGGAUUUCCUUGGACAAAAUGAUCAAGAUCUCCAGGGCUGACGAGCCUGUUCAGAUUUUGCUGGAGAAAGUCGAGCGCAGGGGAGCAGUGGUAGCGAGCCAUGUCAUGGUGAAUGUGUCUCAGCCUUCUGGGGGGAAACUGUGUUUCUCUUUCGAACUCAGUGGAUUUCAAGACAAAUGCCUAUUUAAAUCUUGCCCUAAGGGGAGUGAGUGCACCAUUAGCAUGAUGGGAAAAGAGAACUGUCACCAAUGCAUGCCGGGAUUCCUCAAGCGCAAAGGCGAAUGCCUCGGUGUGAAUCCAUGUUUGGAUACAAGUCUAUGUGGCAGAAACGCUACGUGUGUUAGCAGCAAGCCUUUUGACUACGCCUGUUUUUGCAAGACAAACUUCACUGGAGAUGCUAAAGUGGCUUGUCGAGCAUGUGGUCCCGGCUUCGUAGAUGAUGGACAAGGUUGUUAUGAUGUUAACGAGUGCGAGACAGGGACGCACAGCUGCCAAUCAAACCAGGAUUGUAUCAAUACAGACGGGGCGCACAAGUGUGAAUGUAAACGCGGCUUUACGCCUAAGCCUAAUGGUAAAGGCUGCACGGAUAUCAACGAGUGUGACGAUCAGGCCGCCAGAAGCCUGUGUCCUUCUGACAAGACCAAAUGCAUGAACAGGGAUGGUUUCUUUGAGUGUAUGUGUAAAGCAGAUGGCUACGUGUGGUAUGAAAACGAAUGCACCGAUGUGGACGAGUGCAAAACAAACGCUCACGAGUGCAAAAACGCUUUCUGCCACAACACUCUGGGAAGUUACAAAUGCAGUUGUAAAGAAGGCUAUACUUUUAAAGAUAAGGACCCUGUACAGAAGCAAUGUGUUGAUAUGGAUGAAUGCGAGGAGCAGGAGUACCGAAAGUUGUGCGAGAUGAUGGACGCCAACUGCAAAAACACUCUCGGCUCGUACAAGUGUCAGUGUCCACUUGGUUACAGCAUGAAUAAUGAGAUGAAAAAGUGUGUCGAUCGCGACGAGUGCGCGGAAGACUGGCCGUGCAGCAAAUUUGCUUUCUGCCGUAACGAGAUAGGGACAUAUCGGUGCACAUGCAAGCCUGGGUAUGCGGGUGACGGCAAAACAUGCGUUAAAGAUCUGGCUUCGACUCAGAAUGCCGAGACUAAGAAGUUUGCUAUUUUCGCUGGCACCGGAGGAGGACUCCUCCUCAUCAUCAUAGCAGUCGUCUCCUUUGUAUUCGUAUGCCGUAAGAAGACCGCUGGUCAGGACCAGGGAGUCGUUGUCGCUGGCUUCGAUGCAGGAUUCGACCAGGCGUUCCUGACGGAUGCUAGCUUUGAGUUUUCAGGCGCAGUGGAAGGCUCAGCGGAGGGGGACUGGACCUUUAUGGAGGAGGAGGACUAUGAAGAGAUGUCUGACGAUGAUUCAGAUGACUCGGAUAUUGGCACGGUGCUUCCGAACUUUGGCUCCAUGCCAGGAGCCAGUUUGGAAUGAUUUCGCUAAAAGAAAGCUUAACGUGCAUGGAAAAGUGUGUGUGGAAAGCACUCCACUUAAAGUAUAUUUUACACAGAGAUCGCGUGUUUGAUAGAACUGUUGAAUUUGAAUUGAACUCUAUUCAAGGAAAAUACGAUACCUACUACAAAAAUAAUAUCUUUUUGGAGAUCUUUUUGGACAAAUGUUGAAACUGCUGUCUUAGCAAAAUAAUUUUUUUUUACUGCCUUCUUUCAAUAAAGUUACCUUGCAAGUAA